AGAAGAUGCGUUUUUUCCUUCUGAUCGCUGCAAUGCGGACUUCCCGUGGCACAAUUUCCACAAAGGAACACUUCAACGAGCCUUGUUCUCAGAUCCAACAGUUGACUCUAAUUCUUGUUUUGUAAGGGAACGCUCGAGGAUCCAAGUAUAUAUCUCAUCCAAACCUCUAUCUACCGGCAUAGUCUGGGCCAUGGACACACCGCAGCAUCGAGAGGAGAGGGUGAAGGAUUCUACCGAAGACCAGGCUUCUUCUCCUCCGCCUCCACCUUCAUCAGCGGCAGCUUCCCCUUCUCACGAGUUCUCCUUCACCAUCUCCUUCCAGCCUCCUUUGAGCUCAGCAGCCGACACCCUCAAGAACGGCAACAGGUCCACGCCCGCUUCCUUGGUCGACUUCGCCCCCGCCGACGACAUCUUCCUCCAUGGCCACCUCCUCCCCCUCCACCUGCUCUCACACCCGGCCAGCCCUCCCCGCCCCUCCGACAUCACCUUCGAGAACAUGAGCCUCCCCCUCGAGCACGUCGACAGCGAACGGAGCCUGAGGUACCACGCCGACGAUCACCACCAGCACGACGACACCGGCAAGAACAAGGAGCGAGCUAAAGCCAAGACCUUCUCUUCCUUCUUCGGCCUCGGGAAGCUGCGGAAAAGGUAUGAGCAAAACGGAGAGAAGGAGGAGGACGCCAAGAAGAAGAAGAAGGGGUUCGACAUGAGCCGGCUUCUGAAGAAGUACGCGAGCCUGAUGGAGCCGCUGUUCUCCUUCAAGGGGGAGAAGGAGAAGAGCGACCCCCACCGGAGGCCUUACUCCUUCUCCGGCCACUCCAACCGCAAGGAGCAGGACGGGUGGCGGCGGAGGAAAGGGCAGUUCUCAGCUCCGGCCUCCACCCGGACGUCGCCGACCAACAGCGGCCUCCUCUCUGCCACGUCCAUGACGUUCUCUUCCUCCGACAACAGCACGAUGGAAGAGUUGCAGAGCGCGAUCCAGGCGGCCAUAGCACACUGUAAGAACUCCAUUGCUUCCAAGCAGAGAUGAGAAACGUAGAUGCUGAGAUGGGGAAGUAAACGUACAGUGUAAAGAAAUGAUGGCAAAGUAGAAACACGCAUGACGGGCUGUACAUAGAUGGAGGUUUGUCUCUGUGUUAGCCAUUUCUUUCAACAGCCAAUUCAAUCUGCGUUGGAUUACCUUUGUUCUUAUCCAUGUUCCAUCGUGCAUAAAAGAACCAAAAGAAAAUUAUCUCUCUGUUACCCAAUUCAA